AUGACCAGUAACUUGCUGGCAGCUCUCAAAAGUAACCAAGGCAAAACCAGUACCACCGCUGUCUAUCCCCUGAUCGAGGCGGCCAAAUCUGGCCAAGUCGAGGGUUGCAGCAAAGCCUUGGAGGAUAAGAAAGUGAAGGUUGAUCAGAAGGAUCCAGAGGGCGUCAAUGCGCUGAUGCAUGCGGCAUCGGGCGGCUACAUACAAGUGGUCCAGUUUCUUGUUGACAAGGGAGCUCGCAUUUCCGCCAAAGAUGACAUGGGAGAAACGGCUUUGAUGAAAGCAUGUAAAGAGGGCCAUACUGACAUCAUCAGGUUCCUCGUUGAGGCUCAAGCGGCUCAAAGGAAGAAAGGACCAUCAUUGACCGGCGGCAAGGAUGAAGCGCAGCAGUCCCUCAUGCGUGAGAAGAAGAGGAUCUUGGACAUGAAGGAUGACGAGGGAGUGAAUCUAGGCUGCAUGAAACCUAUUCUGUGUUCGGAACUUGUUUUGCUGUAUUAUGCCAGUGCGAUUUGCUUGAUUUGUUGCUUGGCAAGGACAGCGAUCAUGAAGGCUGCUGAACAGGGAGAAGGAGAUGUUGUGCAAAUUCUGGCCGAUGACGGAGCUUCCUUGGACCUGAAGGAUGAUGAAGGCUGGGAUGUUCUGAUGUGGGCUUCUUUGAGUGGACACUACGAGAUUUGUGAGCUCUUGGUCAGUAACUUUGGCAUCACGGCCGACUAUGCCACGGAAAAGGGAGAGACAGCUUUGAUGAAAGCGGCCGCAAAUGGGCAUUGGGAUGUUUGCGGAUUUCUGAUCGGAGAGGGUGCCAAAGUGAAUCAGCUGGACCAGCAUCAUCAGACUGCUUUGAUGUGGGCUGCAUCGGAAGGUCAUUUGACUACAGUACAGGGGCUUGUGAAGAAGGAUGCCAAAGUUGACCAAGUCACCAAACAAGGCAAGACCGCACUGCUUUUGGCUGCUCAGUUCGGACGUGAAGAGAUUUGCAAGUUCCUGGUUGCAAAAGGAGCAAAGGUGGAACAUCAGGAUGAGGAUGGUCAAACAGCCCUUUUCAGCGCAGUCCAGGCUGGCAACCCCAGUUUGGUGAAGAGCCUUAUUGAGCUGAAGUGUCCUACUGAGGCCAAGACCAGCCGUGGGGAGACCGCACUCAUUUGGGCUGCCAUGAAUCAACAGCUUCUUUGCGUUCAAGCUCUCCUUGCCCAUGGUGCUAAUGUGCAUACAACAGAUGAGAAUGGCCAGACCGCCCAAGAUCAUGCAGAGGGCACUCUCAACAGUCAUGUUGUUGAAGUACUACGUGAAGCAGCCAAGACCCAGUCAAAGAAGGAUGAAGAGUGA